AUGAAGCGCAAGGGCCGCAGCAACGCCGACGACACGGCGCCGUUCAUGAGCCUGCGCCAGACCACCGCCAUCACGGCCAUCGCGCUUCUGCCCAUAGGCCUCUGCAUUGGGUCGGUCGACAAUGCCAUUAGCAUCUGGGACCUCGCUACCUUUCGCCCAACGCAUCACCUUCGCGGCCAUGGCCGCUCGAUCACGUGCCUCUGCGGCGUGCCAUCCACGUCGCUUCUUCUCUCGGCGGCUGUCGACCGCACGCUGCGCGUCUGGGACGGCAACCGCGACUUUGCCUGCGUCCAAGUGCUCACGGGCUACAACGGCCACAUCCUCUCCAUGACGUCGACCAACGAUACGCUCUUCAUGGCCUGCCAGGACACGACCGUCAAGGUGGCGAGCGUCUGCGCGUCGUCGCUGAGCGCGAUCCUGGCGCCGACGACCGAGUGGCAGAGCAUGAGCAACCACCACGGCUUUGUCUACGGCAUCCGCUACAUUGCGCCCGAGGCCCGCGCCCAUGGCAAGAAACCGCUCCUCUUUACAUGCUCCAGCGACAACUCGAUCGUCUGCUGGGAUGUGGCCGACAUGAGCGUGCUGGCGUCGUUGCACGGUCACCGCGGCAGCGUCCUCGACCUGGUCUCGGUCGGCAACCAGCUCUUUUCGGCCUCCCAAGACAAGACGAUUUGCUGCUGGGACAUGGACACGAUGCGCUGCAACGGCAUCCUCAAGGGCCACAGCGCGGCCGUGCUCACGGUGUGCAGCCUCGAAGACAAGAACCGGAUCUGCUCUGGCUCGGCCGACGAGACCGUGCGCAUCUGGAACACGCAGUCGCUUGCGUGCGUGCACACGCUCCAUGGCCACCGCGGCGGCGUCUCGAGCAUUCUCAGCACCGAGAUGUUUGUCUUUAGCGCGUCCGAGGACAGCACCGUCAAGGUGUGGGACAUUGACUUUAUCUCCAACACCAACAACAACAACGCCAACACCAACGCCAAUACUGAGAGCCAAGGACCGCCGCGACCGCAGAAGCUCAAGAUGGACUCGAGUCUCAUGAGUGUCAGCGCCAUGUACAACAAGCAGACGUCCGACGCGUCCAUGAUCCACCUCUUGCGCAAGUUUGUGAGCAUUCCGAGCGUCAGCGUCGACCCGCACUUGGUCGACGACUGCUGGAUGGCGGCCAAGUUUGUCAAGGGCUUGCUGCGGCAGCUCGGCGCCGAGUGCCGAUUGGUGCACUGCGGUCCGAACAUCAACCCGAUCGUGAUUGGGAAGCUCGGGAACGACCCGACCAAGCCAACAGUGCUCAUUUGCGGCCACUAUGACGUGCAAGCAGCGGACUCGAACCCGUUCAUGCUGACGGGCCAAGACGGAUACCUCUACGGGAGUGGGGGUUGUUUGGCUGACGGUGCCGCGCUGCCCAAUGUCAUCUUCCUCCUGCAUGGCGACCAUGAACUGCGGGGCUUUCACGAUGCGAUCGCCGAUCAAAAGAGCACGCUUGGUCCGGUCGACGUGAUCUGGAUUCUGGAAAAUACGUGGCGCGACGACGCGACGCCAAGCGUGGCGCAUGCGAUGCCGGGUCGGCUGGACGUUGCCAUCUCGGUGGACGGUCCGAGCAUGGAUUGCCACGGCGGCUUCCACGGCGGCGCGGUCCGAGAGCCGAUGCUGGACCUCGUCGCGCUCGUCCAUCGCCUCGUGGACCCGACAUCGGGUCGUUUCACCGACCAAGCGUUCUAUGACGUGGCAGCACCCGAUGCGUUUGUCGCGCCAGCACCACGGUUGACGUCGCUGCUGGCAUCGCUCGACAAUGCGUCUGUGCUUGCACGCUCGGCCACAACGACGCUGACGCUGCACACGGUGCCGAACCAAGAGCCCAAGACGACGGCGGAGCUCGUGCUGCAGCAUGUCCGUACCAUGUACAAGACGCUGCCAACGAGCAAUUGUUUGCGCCUGGCUGUCACUGCCAACGUCCCGUGGUGGCGCGAGGACCCGACGAUGGUGCAUCUCGAAGCGGCGCGACGCACACUCGAGACUGUAUGGGGAGCUCCGCCGUCCCUGCAGCACACGACGUCGGCCUCCAAGAUCACUACCGUACUCAAGGCCGCGUUCGAGGCCCCAUGUGUGCACCUGGGCGUCGGGCCAUCGCAUGCCACCGCCGAGCGCGUCGCGAUGAGCAACCUGCUGCGCGCCCGGGACGUCUUCAAGCGCCUUCUCAGUUGGCUUGCAGAGAGGUCGAGCGCUUUGCCGUCUCUCACCGCCAAGGCGCUCGCCCCGCGGGCUCCGCUGGACACCGGCGCAACGUGGCAUCCGCCCAGCGCAGGCUAUGAAAUAAAAAUUGCCUAA